AUGGCAAAAGGUCCCGCAGUAGUAAUUGUCGCCAGACACGGCGCACGCCUCGAUGCUGCUGACAAGUCGUGGCAUCUCUCGUCUCCCGCGCCCUACGAUCCCCCCCUUACCUACGGCGGAUGGUCGCAGGCCAAAGCCCUCGGCCAGCGGAUAGCCGCGCUUCUCUACGAGAGGGACAACCAGCACGCCGACGCCACCAAGACGUCUCCUACCCACGACCCUACACAGCUCGAUCUCGCCAGGCUCAGCCUCUCGCAAGAGAGGCACGCGCACGGAAACGGGCCCCCGCGACCGAGGCAGAAGAAGAAACGCAAGAUUGUCAUCCACUCAAGCCCCUUCUUGAGAUGUGUGCAGACGAGCACCGCCGUGGCAGCGGGCAUUUCACAGUACUACGCGCCGACCGUUCCCGAGCUCAGCGCGCCCACGCCGGCAAGAGGAAAGGAUCAUGUGCUGGGGAGCGCGUCGCCGGAAGCGCCACGCACAAAGUCGACGUCUUCGCAACCCCGGACCUUUGAGCCGCUCGCCGACCCCAGCCUCGAGAUUCGCGCAAGGCGCCAGGCAGGCCCCGACAAGAUACUGCUGCGCAUCGAUGCCUUCUUGGGCGAGUGGCUGUCGCCCGAAUACUAUGCCGACAUUACCGCGCCGCCGAAUUCGACCAUGAUGGUGGCAGGCGCCAAGGCAGAUCUGCUGCGGAGAGGCGACUACAUCCAAGAACAGCCCAACCCAAACAGCAGCAAGGGCCACUUUCCCGGCGGCUGGACGGGAAACAAGGCUGCUGCAAAUGCUGCACAGGGUGCUGGUAGGGGAGCUGUGCCCGCUAUGAGCAGCAUGGCCCAGGCUGCCCCGUUGCGCGAACGGUCGAGCAGCUAUGCUGGUUCGCUGGAUGUACCAAAAACGCUCUCACGAGAGGCAGUGUCGUCGCUCGUGAUGCCUGCGCAUACGUCUACACACACGCCCGCUACCGGCAAACCAGGUCGCGUCUACCAGCCCCCGCACCCAUCGUACUCGGUCUCUCCGGCCGAUCCUAUACCACGCGGAUACGUCGCCCAUGCACAGGAAGCCUGCGUGCAGGUUGACUUCCAAUGGGACAGUAUGCGCGAACCACAGAACUGGGGCGAUGGCGGUGAGUAUGGCGACGAAUGGAGCACAAUGCACAAGCGCUUUAGGAGGGGUCUCACGGGGAUGCUGCAGUGGUACAGGACUCACGGUACCGCGCCUCCCAAGAACCAGUUUCCGGGCUUCAUGUUCAAGGAGCCGCUGCGUCUGACGCCGCCGCCCAAGGCACAGACCAAAUCAGAGCCCUUUCCCAAACUGGGCGAUGACGAGGACGAGGACGAGGAAGAACUGGUGCUUGUCCUGGUGACGCACGGGGCUGGCUGCAAUGCGCUGCUGGGUGCCAUGACCAACCAACCUGUGCUCAUGGACAUUGGACUCGCCUCGCUUUCCAUGGCCGUACGGAGAGACGAGCCCAGGAAGACGCCCGUGUCGGCGACUCUCCACGAGCGGCGGCUCUCUAUUGCAGAUCCCGGCAUGUCGGACACGUACGAAGUGAAGCUCUCGGCUUCAGUCGACCACCUGCGGCCCGGCGUGGAUCCUUCCAAACCACCCUCUGCACAGGCACAGGUACAGUCGCCAGCCAUGUUGCCAAGUCCACUGUUGGAUUACCGUCGCCGGUUUACGGGGUCAUCGACAGCCAGCACGCCAUCAGAGACACCCUUCUCGAUUGGCGAGCCAUACCGGACGCGGAAUAGCUCUAUGAGCAGCAUGCGGCGGACCAUGAGCUCGGGAUCAAACUCGCGAUACAUGCAGAGUGCCAUGAGUGGGGCUGCAUCUCCUGCAGGGGGGUUGUGGUCGGGGAGCAGCACGCCGGCGGGAGAAGCCGAAGUGGGCCUCCAUUCUGUGCACCAACAGCCACGGUCAAAGUCGACUACUACGACGACGACGCCUGCUCUGUCUUACAGCGAGAACGAUGCUAAGCCUGUUCCGCACGCAGACAGCGGCUCCGAUUCAACCAACCGUCUGACGAGACUGGACUCGAAGGAAGAACGAGAAGUGGGCGAUAAGUCUACGCCGUUGGUCAGCGCCCCUGCUGCUCGGAAGCAGAGCGCGACAAGCACCCAAGGUCUCUGGGGAGCAAAGGCAGCGCCAAAGAGCAGCAACGGGCUCUGGGGACCGCCGAAGCUAGACGACGCGGCCGCUGCCUAUCAGGCGCCGUCCAGCGUGGAUGCGAGUGAUGCCAAGGGCCAUGGCCCCGUCAAGGCGCCAAGCACGAGUCGGCCGGCCAUGGCAUGCCGGCUCUUGCGUCUGCUGAUGUUCCCGUGA